UCCGGCAUGUUCAGCUCUACGAGAAGGACGGAGCGGUGGAGGGCGGAGGAGAGACUCCAAUGCCCAGCGGGCCCUGCGCGGGCGACGCUUGCGCGAAUCGGGGACGGGGGGGCGGUCGGGACAUUUAAAUGUGUGUUUGUGGGUGAAAUGGCUGCGCAGGUCGGAGCGGUUCGCGUAGUACGGGCGGUGGCGGCGCAGGAGGAGCUGGACAAAGAAGGGAAGGAGAAACCCCAUGUUGGGGUCUCCCCGCGGGGAGUGAAGCGGCAACGCCGGGCGAGCAGCGGGGGUUCUCAGGAGAAGCGGGGGCGGCCGAGCCAGGACCCCCCUCUCACUCCCCCUCAUCGGCGGCGUCGCAGCCGCCAACAUCCCGGGCCGCUGCCUCCAACGAAUGCCGCCCCAACCGUCCCGGGCCCUGUUGAACCUCUGCUCCUGCCGCCUCCGCCGCCACCGUCGCUGGCGCCCGCCGGGCCCGCUGUCGCUGCCCCGCUGCCGGCCCCGGGCACCUCGGCCCUCUUCACCUUCUCGCCCCUGACGGUGAGCGCGGCCGGGCCCAAGCAUAAGGGCCACAAGGAGCGGCACAAGCACCAUCACCACCGCAGCUCCGAUGGUGACCCUGGCGCCUGCGUUCCGGGCGAUCUCAAGCACAAGGACAAGCAGGAAAACGGCGAGAGGAGCGGAGGGGUGCCUCUGAUCAAGGCCCCCAAGAGAGAAACAGCAGAUGAAAAUGGUAAAACCCAGAGAGCUGAUGAUUUUGUCUUGAAGAAAAUAAAGAAGAAAAAGAAAAAGAAACACCGAGAAGACAUGCGAGGAAGACGCCUUAAGAUGUAUAAUAAGGAAGUACAAACCGUCUGUGCUGGCCUGACCCGCAUCAGCAAGGAAAUUCUCACCCAAGGACAGCUAAAUAGCACUUCAGGAGUUAAUAAGGAGUCCUUCAGAUAUCUGAAGGAUGAACAGCUGUGCAGACUAAAUUUGGGCAUGCAAGAAUAUCGGGUGCCCCAGGGAGUACAGACACCUUUUACAACGCACCAAGAACACUCUAUUCGCAGAAAUUUCUUAAAAACAGGUACUAAAUUUAGCAACUUUAUUCAUGAAGAGCACCAGUCCAAUGGUGGUGCUCUCGUCCUUCAUGCUUACAUGGACGAACUCUCAUUUUUGUCUCCAAUGGAGAUGGAGAGAUUUUCUGAGGAGUUUCUUGCUUUGACAUUCAGUGAGAAUGAGAAAAACGCUGCCUACUAUGCUUUAGCAAUAGUGCAUGGAGCGGCUGCUUAUCUCCCAGACUUUUUGGACUAUUUUGCUUUCAAUUUUCCCAACACUCCAGUGAAAAUGGAAAUUUUGGGCAAGAAAGAUAUUGAAACAACCACCAUUUCAAAUUUUCACACUCAGGUCAACAGGACGUAUUGCUGUGGUACGUACCGAGCAGGUCCGAUGCGGCAGAUAAGUCUUGUUGGAGCAGUCGAUGAAGAAGUUGGUGAUUACUUCCCCGAGUUCCUUGAUAUGUUAGAAGAAUCACCAUUUCUAAAAAUGACUUUGCCCUGGGGUACACUUUCUAGCCUCCAACUACAGUGUAGGUCUCAGAGUGAUGAUGGGCCUAUAAUGUGGGUGAGACCAGGAGAGCAAAUGAUCCCUACAGCAGAUAUGCCAAAGUCACCCUUCAAAAGACGACGAUCAAUGAAUGAAAUUAAAAAUCUUCAGUACCUACCUCGGACAAGUGAACCCCGAGAAGUCCUCUUUGAAGACAGGACAAGAGCUCAUGCUGAUCAUGUAGGUCAGGGGUUUGACUGGCAGAGUACGGCUGCUGUUGGGGUUUUGAAGGCUGUACAAUUUGGUGAAUGGAGUGACCAACCUCGCAUAACCAAAGAUGUGAUUUGUUUCCAUGCUGAGGACUUUACUGAUGUUGUACAGAGACUCCAGUUAGACCUUCAUGAACCUCCAGUUUCCCAGUGUGUACAGUGGGUGGAUGAAGCAAAACUAAACCAAAUGAGGCGAGAAGGAAUUCGCUAUGCUAGAAUUCAGCUUUGCGACAAUGAUAUCUACUUCAUCCCUAGAAAUGUCAUUCAUCAGUUCAAAACAGUGUCAGCAGUGUGUAGCUUAGCCUGGCAUAUCAGGCUUAAACAGUACCACCCUGUUGUGGAAGCCCCUCAAAACACAGAAAACAAUUCCAACAUGGACUGCGGUUUUCCUGGAAAGCGAGAAUUAGAAGUUGACUCCCAGUGUGUGAGAAUAAAAACUGAAUCUGAGGAAACAUGCACAGAGAUGCAGGUUUUGACAGCUGCUCCAUCGUCUUUUCCAUCUCCAUCAGAGCUUAAUCUGCAGGAGCUGAAGGCUCAGCCUAUUCCAGUUUUCAAGGUGGAAAGUAGACUGGACUCUGACCAGCAGCACAGUCUGCAGGAACAUCCAAGCACUCCUGUGUGAUAUGUACAUAUUCAAACACAUUUUUUAACUUUUUUAAAUUUUGAUGUGAAGUUAUAGUUUUAUAACUGGCUUAAGUUAAGUUUUAUUGGAGAAAUCUUGCCUAUAAUUCUAUAAAGAGAAAUGACAUUCCACAAAUGUCAAGCAUAUCUUUUUUACACAGAUUAUGCAAAGCUAAGAGUUGUAUCCUAUCCUGUUAGUACAGUAUGUAAUAGUGGGUCUGCUGCUACUUUCUGUUUUAAGGUGUGAGGUAACAAUUCAAUCUCUUCUUCAAAUCAAAACCAGAGUUCUCUGGAUUAGCAGGUUCUCACUUGGUAAUGAUUCACUUCCCUUGGUUUUAUCUUUCCUUGUCUCUUACCAUAUUUGCUUUAUGUGGUAGAAAGAAGACUUAUGGUUUAAUAUUUGUGUCUUCAUGGCACCUCGUCAGUUUCCACAGUAAAAUGGCAUUGGUUGCAGGAAAGGCUUCUGCAUCUGGUACAUGGGCAAGUGAAUUUUUUAGUUCCAGCCACAAAGAAGACAUAGUUUCUAAAGAAAAUUGAAUGGCUCUCUGGUUCUUAGCAAAAGAGGAAGCACAGCUCUUCCGAUCCAGGCUCUUUUUGUGUUCGUUAUUUAAAACCCAGUGGAUAUUUUAAUUAAACAAAAAUCUAAAGAUGGAUAGUUCUUGGUUAUUCAUAUCCAUGGCUCAUUACUUUUCUUCUAGGAUAUAUUGUGACCAUGGAGACUAUUUUGAGCAAAAGACAUAAUGUUGAUCCGCUGUUCUGCUUCCUAGUAUCCUCACGUUUCCUGUGGAUACUUGCCCUAAACUGAUGACAAAUAUCAAAGUCAGAGAUGCACACCAGUCUAACUGAUGAGGGCUGCCGUGUCUGAGCAUCAAACUAAAGAAACUACUCUUGUGACUUGGCAUCUACUUUAGAAACACUUCAUAAUUUUAUCUGGUGAAUGCCUGGGUUUGUUCAUUGUCAUCUGUGUUGCUAUUUUCUAGUAACAGGCAGUAGACUUCCAUCCUAGAGUUUCAGGGGAGCUGAAGCUCAGGGUCUGGAUAGUUACUUUGUUUUCAAUAUAGGCCUUUUUUCAGUAGGCCUCCUUCAUAUAAGUAGUGUGGACUUUCUCUUAUUUGGAAUGUUCAUGUGCUAUGCAUUCUACUUUCUCUUAGUUAGUAACUCAGUAGGCCUUUUGUUUACUAAAGGAAGAGUACUCCCCACACCUAAGACCAGAUUCUUGUAUCUACCUGGUUACAGUGCAAUUUGAUUUUUUUUUCCUGGAUGGUGAGAUUUGAAAUAUUUGCAUUAACAUAGGCAAAAGAAAGAGAUGCUGCUUUAUUAUGUCUGUCACCAUGGAACUUAGCUGCAUCUUUGCAAAUAUCAAAUAUGAAUUUUCUCUAAAAUAUUCUGAAAUAGGUUAAAUCUUAUAUAAAUAUUACUUUGUGCAAUAUUGUUGUGUAGUUAAAUGCAUAUUAGCAAAGUAUAGAGGUCACUGUGUAAACCGAUAGAAAAGUAACCAUCAGCAAAUACUACAGUGAUUAGUUAGAAUCUGUAUUAUUCCUUAUAUAUAUGUAUAUGUAUGUAUUCUCUGUUACAAAGGAUGAAGACAAAUAAAUAGGGAAACACUUCAAUGUAAACCAUUUAUGAAUUGGAAGUGAUGUUGCUUUUAGUUAUCUUUGUAAAUAAGGUAAUUAGAAUGGUAUGAAAGGUAAUGUGAUUAUUACAGGGGUGUUUUUAAAUCCUGUGUAUAAAUUCUAGUUUAUCAAACUAGUUUUUAAGGAACCUUUGAGGGUAUUUUUUUGUUGUUGUUACUUUGUGGAGAAGGGGUUUAUCACAAAAUGAAUGGGUUUGGGUUAUUUCUUAUUUCUAUUUUCUGUCCAGAAGAAUUUCAUAGAGCUUUACCAGGCUGUGCAAAGAAAAAUUCUUCUCAGGCAACAUUGCUUUUAAAAAUAAUCACGAAGAGAAAAAGUUGUUAACGCAAAAAGUUUUAUUUUUGUUUUUCUUGUCUUCCAAGAUCCGAUUUCCCCAUCUCCCACUUGCCAUCCAGCAGAUGCCAUCUGUCAUCUAAGCUGGUCACUACUAAAAACAAGGAGACUGUCUCCUGACAGCCAGCACUGUGUGUAAUCACUCAGGAACCAGCGGAUCUGCAAAGACCUACAAUCAAACGCAAAUCUCCAUUUCCCUUUUUGCAGAACAGUCUACCCUCACCUCCAGUAUAAACAUAUUAAAAGAAUAUAAAAAUGUUGAAAAUCAUGUACUGAUGAAGUCAUUGUAUAUUAGAUUGCAAUAGAAUGGAAAGAAACAUUUAGCUAGUAAUGUAUCUGGAAACUCUGAAUGUCCUAUGUGAGUAUUAGAUUUUGAUAGCAUGCUUUAAAGACUGAUGAAUAUAAAAGCAGAAGUUUUGAGUUUCUUGCUGCUUUCAAAGCUGUCCUAGUUGAGCGAUACAAAUGAUCACAACUUUUCUAAAUCAUUAAACUAUUUGGUUUGGUGAAGUGAGGCAUGGAGCAGUCUGGCAUCCUCUGAUUUGUAAGGUAGCUAUGGCAGUGAAGUUGUAACUGAAAGUGAAGCUGAUCUUCCUUUCUGGUGUGUUAUCUGUUGUGCCAACCCUUGAGAUUACUUGCAGAAUGUGGCUAUGUGUUUUAGUACUUUGUGGAUCAGAGGGAUAUUUAAAAUAUGUUUAUGGAAAGGACCUAAUAAACAAAUGUUCCUAACAGCAAAUAUAAUGAUUUUAUGGUAACCAUUGAAAAGCACUAACGUCUUCCCCUUCCCAAGAGCUCAUUCUAUACUUAUCAAGAUAGGUUAGGAGUUAGGGUUACAAUUCUGAGAGGUGUCCCAAAUUCAUGAAGCAAUAAUAAUAACCUCCAUAUUGGUUCCCUCUUCCAAAGUUUAACUGUUGAAAAUGAAUUCUUAGGCUUAAUUGUACUUUCUUAUUCAGUACUUAAAAGUUUUGCUGAUACAUUAUUUUUACUUAAAGACUUUUAGAAAGUGCCCUAUCCCCUCAAUCAGUUGAACUCUAAGUUCACUAAUAUUACAAGCUCUUGUAUGGGGAAAGGAGCUUAUUAAAUCGUUUUCUAAACUUUAGGAAAAGAUGUAUCAGUCUUAACAGGCAUAAAGAUCUCACCUAAUGACUUGAGAAACUUUUGCAUAUUGCUUUUCCCUGUAUAAAUAUUGUCUAGAAGGAGAGUUAAUCUAGGAGUCCAAAAUCCAUGAAAAUAUAUUCCUAGUGAGUAUGUUCUUUGUCAUAAAUAUUAGUCCAUUAUAUUUCCAUCUGUAUUUGCCUUUAAAAUUUAUUUGUAUUUAUUGAGGACCAUUAGGAUUACUGAGUUUGUGUCUUUCUAAUAAGUCUGUUUCAUCCUUUCAGUAAGUAGCACAUGCCAGAGGCUCACAUUUGUGCUAAGUGUCAUGUUUUCAAGGCAGUCUGUAGCUGUAUUUACUGGUCAUGCAAGUAGAGGAGAUGCACACCACCAGUGUUUUCUAAGUGCAUAGAGGACUUAUCCUCAGCCCAGAGGCUUUAAAAGCAAGUAUCCAUAAAUAUUAAUGGCCUUCCAUUUUAAAAAUCUUCAUAAAUUUUUUAGGAUCCACUCGUGCAUGUAGUUGAGACCAUUGUCUCUUAAAAUAUAGCACUUUUCAAUUCUCUCUAAAGAAAUACUUAUGUACUACUUCUAUCACAUGUAAAUUUUCAUGGAAUAGUGUUUUCUGUGACUAAACUUCAUUUUGAUUGGCAGCUAAGACUUUUUAUUUUCCUGUGGCUUUAAUUUAUCUAAGAGGUCUUUGCAUAUAGAUGAAAUGUAUAAUUUGCCUGGCGGACUAUUUGCGUUUGUGUGGCCUUAGUUUGUUUAUUGACAUUAACAAGUGUUUUAAAAGGUUUUUAAUGAAUAGUCUUAAAUCUAAAUUUGUGUGAAUAAUAAUCCUUUUAACACAGUGCUUUUUUUGUAGCUGUCUAAGUGUGUUAAAUUGUUAAGCUAUUUCUUUGUAAAAUAGGACAAUGGAAUGCAUAGGUUUUUUUUUCCUGUAAAGUAUUUUUUUAAUAAACAAAGUCUGAUUUGUCCUUUA